GUGAGCGGGCGGCCGGGAGCUGCCUCCCCUCUGCCAGGCUCCUUCCUCUCUCGGUGAACCCCAAGAUGGCGCUCGUCACCAUGCCGUUCUACCAAAAGAGACACAAACACUUCGACCAGUCCUAUCGUAAUGUUCAGACAAGGUACCUCAUGAAUGAAUAUGCAGCCAAAAUGCGGGCGUCCUCCCAGUCCUCUGCCCAGCGCUCGCUCACGCAGAAGACGUCGUCCCAGGGCGGUUCCAGCCAGGCGUCCCGGUCCCUGGAAGGGACGGUCUGCAGGCUCUGCGCCAAGAGGAUGAGCUCUGAGCAGGAGGAGCGUGAGCAGGAGAGUGAGAGAAGGUACCAGUCCCUGGUGGCCUCGUACGGGGAGGCCAAGCGGCAGCGCUUCCUCCGCGAGCUGGAGGAGCUGGAGGGCAGCGUGCACCUGGCGCGCGCGCAGGCGCGGGAGAAGCUGGACAAGUACGCCCUGGAGCAGAUGGUGGAGGACCAGAUGGCCUGGGAGAGGCACGCGUUCGAGGAGCGGAUGAGGCGAGCCCCCGAGAUCCUGGUGCGGCUGCGCUCGCACACCAUCUGGGAGAGGAUGUCCGUGAAGCUGUGUUUCACCGUCCAGGGCUUCCCCACGCCCGUGGUGCAGUGGUACAAGGAUGGCAGUCUGAUCUGCCAAGCGGCCGAUCCAGGCAAGUACAGGAUCGAGAGCAAGUACGGCGUGCACACCCUGGAGAUCAACAGGGCGGACUUCGACGACACGGCGACCUACACGGCGGUGGCCACGAACGUGCACGGGCAGGUGUCCACCAACGCGGCGGUGGUGGUCAAAAGGUUCCGAGGCGAGGAGGAGCCGCUCCGUUCCGUGGGACUCCCGAUUGGCAUGCCCUUACCGUCCGUGAUCCCGUACACACACUUCGACGUCCAGUUCUUGGAGAAAUUCGGGGUCACCUUCAGAAGAGAAGGCGAGACCGUCACCCUCAAGUGCAGAGUGCUGGUGACGCCGGACCUGAAGAGGGUGCAGCCGCGGGCAGAGUGGUACCGGGACGGUGUGCUCCUGCAGGAGUCCCAGUGGACCCAGAUGUUCUUCGGGGACGGCCAGGCCUGCCUGUCCUUCAGCCACCUGAACAAGGACGACGAGGGCCUGUACACCCUGAGGAUCGUGUCCAGAGGCGGCGUCAGUGACCACAGCGCCUACCUGUUCGUCAGAGACGCCGACCCGCUGGUCACGGGGGCCCCGGGCGCGCCCAUGGACGUACGGUGUCAUGAUGCCAACCGAGACUACGUCAUAGUCACCUGGAAGCCACCCAACACGACCACCGAGGGCGCCGUCAUCGGCUAUUUCAUCGACCGGUGUGAGGUAGGAGCUGACAACUGGGUCCAGUGCAAUGACUCCCCCGUGAAGAUCUGCAAGUACCCCGUGACCGGGCUGUUCGAAGGGCGGUCGUAUGUGUUCCGUGUGCGGGCCGUCAACAACGCGGGCAUCAGCCGGCCGUCCAGAGUCUCCGAGGCCGUGACUGCCCUUGACCCUGCUGACCUCAACCGAUUUCAGACUGUCCAUUUGGAGGGAGACAAGGACCUCGUGAUCUGCCAGGAUGACCUCGAAGGUGACGUGCUGAUCCCGGGACCCCCCACCAACGUGCACGCCUCAGAAAUCAGCAGGAACUAUGUCGUCCUCAGCUGGGACCCCCCUGUGCCCCGGGGCAGGGCGCCACUGACGUACUUCGUGGAGAAGUCCAUGGUCGGCAGCGGCAGCUGGCAGCGGGUCAACGCCCAGACGGCCGUGAGGUCCCCGCGCUACGCUGUCUUUGACCUUGCGGAGGGGAAGCCGUACGUGUUCCGAGUUCUGUCUGCAAAUAAGCACGGCCUGAGCGACCCGUCGGAAAUCACCUCCCCCAUUCAGGCCCAGGACACCACUGUGAUUCCUUCUGCUCCCGGCAAGGUCGUGGCCUCUCGGGACACGAAGACGUCGGUGGUGGUGGAGUGGGACCGGCCGAAGCAUGGGGAGGACCUGCUUGGCUACUACGUGGACUGCUCCGUGGCAGGGUCCAACAUCUGGGAGGCCUGCAACCACAAGCCCAUCGGCUACAACAGGUUCGUGGUGCACGGCCUGACCACGGGCGAGCAGUACGUCUUCCGGGUGAAAGCUGUGAACGCGGUGGGCACCAGCGAGAACUCGCAGGAGUCGGACGCCAUCAAGGUCCAGGCCGCCCUCACCGUCCCGUCCUACCCGUACGGGAUUACGCUCCUGAACUGUGAUGGCCACUCCAUGACCCUCGGCUGGAAGGUGCCCAGGUUCAGCGGGGGCUCGGCCAUCCUCGGUUACUUCGUGGACAAGCGUGAGGCCCAGCACAAAAACUGGCACGAAGUCAAUGCCUCGCCCAUCAAGGAGAGGAUCCUGACGGUGGAGGGCUUGACCGAAGGCUCACUGUAUGAAUUCAAAAUCGCUGCCAGCAACCUGGUGGGCAUCGGGCAGCCCUCGGACCCCAGCGAGCUCUUCAAGUGUGAGGCCUGGACGGCGCCGGAACCGGGUCCUGCCUACGACUUGACCUUCUGCGAGGUCAGAGACACGUCGCUGGUCCUGCUGUGGAAAGCCCCCGUGUACGCCGGCAGCAGCCCCGUGUCGGGGUACCUCGUGGACUAUAAGGAAGAGGAGUCUGAAGAGUGGACGGCUGUCAGCGAGGCAACCACAGCAAAUCGUUACUUGAAGGUCUGUGACCUUCACCAGGGCAAAACCUACGUCUUCCGAGUGCGGGCCCUGAACGCCAGUGGCGUGGGGAAGCCGUCGGACGCGUCGGAGCCCGUGCUCCUGGAGGCCAGGCCUGGCACAAAGGAAGUCAGCGCCGGCGUGGACGAGCAAGGCGACAUCUACCUGAGCUUCGACUGCCCAGAGAUGACGGACGCCUCCGCCUUCACCUGGUGCAAAUCCUACGAGGAGAUCGCCGACGACGACAAGUUCCGGGUGGAGACCGUCGGGGACCACUCGAAGCUGUACUUCAAGAAUCCGCAGAAAGAAGACCUGGGGACCUACUCGGUGUCCGUGAGCGACACGGACGGGGUGUCCUCCAGCUUUGUCCUGGAUGAGAAAGAGCUUGACCGUUUGAUGGCGCUGAGCAAUGAGAUAAAAAACCCCACCAUCCCUCUGAAGUCAGAGCUGGCCUAUGAGGUCCUCGACAAGGGCCAGGUGCGCUUCUGGCUGCAGGCACAGCACUUGUCUCCGGACGCCGGCUUCCGCUUCGUUAUUAACGACCAGGAAGUCUCCGACAGCGAGAAGCACAGAAUUAAAUGUGACAAGUCGACCGGCAUCAUCGAAAUGGUGAUGGAUCAGUUCACCGCGGAGAACGAGGGCACCUACACAGUGCAGCUGCAUGAUGGCAAAGCCAAGAGCCAGUCGUCCCUGGUGCUCAUCGGAGACGCAUUCAAGGCCAUCCUGGAGGAGGCUGAAUUCCAGAGGAAAGAGUUCCUCAGGAAACAAGGCCCUCACUUUGCUGAGUAUUUGCACUGGGACGUUACAGAAGAAUGUGAAGUCCGACUUGUCUGUAAGGUCGCCAACACCAAGAAAGAAACGGUGUUCCGGUGGCUGAAGGACGACGCUCUGUACGAGACGGAGCAGUUGCCUGACCUGGAGAGGGGCGUCUGUGAGCUGCUCAUACCGAAGUUGUCAAAGAAGGACCACGGUGAAUACAAGGCGACCUUGAAGGACGACAGAGGUCAAGACGUGUCUACCCUCGAGAUAGCUGGCAAAGUGUACGAGGACAUCAUUUUGGCAAUGAGCAGAGUCUGCGGUGCGUCCGCCUCCCCCCUGAAGGUGCUCUGCACCCCGGAAGGCAUCAGGCUGCAGUGCUUCAUGAAGUAUUUCACCGAGGAAAUGCGGGUGAACUGGUACCACAAAGAUGCUAAGAUCGCGUCCAGUGAGCAUAUGAGGAUUGGGGGCAGCGAGGAGAUGGCCUGGCUGCAGAUCUGUGAGCCCACAGAGAAGGAUAAAGGGAAAUACACAUUCGAGAUUUUUGAUGGCAAAGAUAACCACCAGCGUUCCCUGGACCUGUCUGGUCAAGCUUUCGACGAAGCGUUCGCAGAAUUUCAGCAACUCAAGGCUGCUGCUUUUGCCGAGAAGAAUCGCGGCAAGGUGAUCGGCGGCUUACCCGACGUGGUGACCAUCAUGGAAGGCAAGACCUUGAACCUGACCUGCACGGUGUUCGGGAACCCCGACCCCGAGGUCGUGUGGUUCAAGAACGACAAGGACAUCGAGCUGAACGAGCACUUCUCCGCGAAGGUGGAACAGGCCAAGUACGUCAGCAUGAGCAUCAAGGGCGUGACCGCCGAGGACUCGGGCAAGUACAGCAUCAACGUGAAGAACAAGUACGGCGGGGAGAAGAUCGACGUCACGGUCAGCGUGUACAAGCACGGGGAGGAGAUCCCCGACGUGCCGCCGCCCCAGCAGGCCACCCCGAAGCUGAUCCCCGCCUCCAGCUCCAGCCCCGCCCAGUGAAGACGGGCACCGGAGUCCCUGCGGUGUGCUGUGCCCAGUGCGUGGGGCGGCUGCGUGACGCCGCGUGUGGCCCCACGGGGAUCCUACCUAUGCUUUUAACACUGCAUUUGUCCAGUAUUAGUUCAG